GCUUUUAUUUUAUAAUUUCUAGUCAUGCGAAUCGGAUUGGCUUUUUGUGUUUUAAUUCUCCGGUUUAUUGCGUUUGUUUCGCGGGCCCGAGGUUCCAUAUAUCAGGAUUUUAAGGUGAAUUGGUGUCGACAGCGAAAGUGGAGACUAGAUUGGGAGAAUCUGCAAAAGCCGUGUCAAAAUCUUCGUUACAGAAAAAACAAUGGGGAACAAUACCAAGCGUAAGUUAUUAUGACUUAUCUGUAAACUUGAUAUUAAAUUGAAUUAAGCUAAGUGACCAAUUAUAUAAUUAAAACAGUAGUCAAGUUAAAGGUCUCAAACUCAUUUGAAUUAACUAGUUGUUUUCUCCGAUAAGAAGAGGAUAGGAGACUGCUCAAAACUAUAGAUCAACAACCAGAUUUACUAAGCACCUUCAACUGCCAUGAGAUUAUUAAAUUUAUUUUGAAUCUCUGCUUAUGACCUCAGUAUCGUAUCUUGUACAGAUAAUUCUAAACUGGCUCAAAUCCACAAUGCAGUUUCAGGUUUUUUUCGGAGGCCUUGAUUCCCUUUUAAAUUGUCCCAGACACUAGCUGGUUUCCUUAAAAGCAACUAGCCUACAUUGUCGCUCCAGUUGACCAAUUGGUAUAACGAGUCAUGAACGCCUUCGAUGCCUUAACCAUGAGAUUAGAAUUUACCAAGGGAAUUGAUCAGUUCUCGUGAUUUGCUCAUGGCAAAUAUAAACUCGAAAAGGAUGUGAUCAUGACCAUCACAAUCAUCAUCUUCACCGUAAAAUUUUAUAACAUAAAAGCCUCGGGAUUAAUAAUAGAGUAAACACUGUGAUUAACAAAAUAAGAACCUGUGGCUUUUUGUUUUGGGCUGAUGCAUUUCUUAUAUAUUGCAUACGUAGAGAGAAUGAGCCCUAAGCAAGGUGGUCUCGCUAGGGGUUCUUUAGAUUAUUUCUUUCCAAGUUAAUUAUUGUAUAAUAUAUAUUUACAUUUCGCUUUAAUUAGCGAAUAUAUGUGAUUGAUUAUAACAGGUCUAAUAAUCACAAUAAAUAAUUAAAAUCAUAAAAGGGUGGUAAAUAAGGUAUAACUAUGGAAAAUCUCAACCCCUGCGGCGAGGGGUGUAUGAAAGUGCAAAUUGUGUGGUGUUUGUAACAGGUCGGCCAGCACGUAUACUUGAAGUGUUUUGUUUUGUUUUGUUUUUGUCACUUUUAGUUCUCGUUACUAAAUUAUUCUCCAAACUUCAGCCUGAGGUUCUUAAUAGAUCUUAUUCACGAAACUUGCGAUCUUUGCACGCGCUUAAGGACCGAAGGGAUAAAAGCAAUGUGACGUGGUUUCUCAGGAGGCCAACAAGUGAUAAAAUUUGCCAAUAUUCAAGAAAUCGCGAUCGAGUUUGUUUAUUGCAGACAGCAGAAAAUAACAACUUUUUAUCUCACAAACGAUAAUAGCAAGUCAUGGAUAGAAGUGAUCAUUGUUACUUUGUUGGAUGCAAUAAGGACCGUAGAUCCUCACAGCAAACAAUAACGACGAAGAACGUGGAAAACUACAAGUGUACAUUUGAUGCCACGUUUUGAGAGAACAAUCAAACUCGACCUCUAUUAAUCGUAUUGGCAGACUUCAUCGACUUUAUCAGUUGUUUUCCCCCUGAAAUACCACGUGAAAUUGCUUUUAUCCUAUCAAUCCUUAAAGCGCGUGUAUAUUACCUUAAUUCAUUCCACUCUGGAGCUGAUGUUCAGUAUAGGGUCGGCCUAUACGCAGUACAUACUGGGAUUCUAAUCGUAGAAGCCUUUGGUGCCCGUAAAAUGUGGGAGAGCUGCCAUAUAUGACCGUAUGGUCUUAUUUUGGGAAUUUCUCACUAUAAUAAACCUUAUUUUUUGCACAGGAAGGCGACCUCCCCAGCAGAAAGCGAAAUUUUUGAUGUGCAGAUCCGCCCUGCGGGGGAAUACAGUCGAUUCUUCGUCCAGUCUCGCACAAACUCUGCCCGGAGGAAGACAAUCGGCGGAGAUUCAUGGCGGGUAUAUCUGGAAGGACCUUCCAAUGUAGCCGGGACCGUAUUUGAUCAUAACAAUGGAAUAUAUGAAGUUCUCUUUCUUAUCAUGGAGCCUGGUGCUUACAAGAUUAAUAUGAUUCUGGAUUAUACCCUUUGCGACGGGCUAAUUGAUCCUCCGGUUGAUUGGUUUAGAAGUGGUAAGAAAAAGAGGGUUGUAAAAUAUAGUACUAGAAAUACGUUAUCGCAAAAUCCUCGCGAAGCUUUAAAAGAACCGCAGUAAGAAUAAAGGGAAACAAGCCAAAAUGAAAACAAAUGAUCCAAGAAAUAAAAAGAAACAAAGUCUACAAAGUUUGAAUUAAAGUAUAGCUUUGCCGGGACUCGAACACGCUUCCUCCGAAUAUCCUAUAAGUGAAGUAAGACCCUGGACCACGCAGGCACUGAAUAAUUGCGGACACCCAAGAGAUUUAUUUAAAUCUUCGCAACCCGAGUCAAUCUGCCUCGCUGUGCGAUCAACGCGCGCGACAAAUUUAUAAAGCUUGCGAGGUGGGGGGCCUUCGCCUCGCUUCGCUCGGAAUCAUUUGGCAGAUUUAUGACCCUAUUACCUUUGCUUGAGAGUCAAAUAAACGGACAACUAAUUGACCUCUUCCUUUCUAACUGUCAGCUCACUGCUCGGGAAAGUUAAAGAACGUUCACCUAAGCAACCAGCUAUUCUCAGAAAUGACCGGAUACAUCAAUCAACAUCUGCAAUCUGCCACAAGCAAAACUCUUACAAUACCUUGGCAGCGCGUUAGUGAAAUGGGUAAGAUGAACUCUAAGUAAACCUUCAUCUCUCUUACUCGAGGAGGGUGGGAGGGGAGGGGGUACUCAACAAAGAUUUAACCUUGAGGCUCCGCCCAAAAGUCUGACCCGUUACCCUUUUAUAUAUCAAUUUUGACAAGAAAGGCACCCCUUUCGAAAACCUUCUAGAAACUUAUGGUAUCUAUUUCACAUACCUAGUUUUAGAAUCUUGCAUAGUUUCUAACUGUUUUAAAGGCACUGUCUUUAAUGCAUGAAUAAAUCACAAAACCCGAACGUUUUUUUGCCUUUUUACAGACCGGAAUGACAAAUUUCCCUAACCUUUCAUAUACUUCAACUAGUGUAAUCAAUACCCUUUUCUAUACUUGAAGCCGCUAAGGAAGAUACCCCUCAAUAGGGACGAGCUUAAGCAACAGCGUUGUUGAGCGACCGACGUCAACCGGAAGUGGACCUUUUGCAUCAUUGGGCAGUGGUUUGUUUGAAACUCUCGGAUAAAUCCUCUUUAUAAGAGAAAGGAAACUUAGCAAUACUAAUUUGUUAGCGUCAAGGCAUAUAAAAAGGGAGAAAGGCUCACUUCCGGUUGACGUGCGUCCCUCAAAAACGUCUUUGCUUAAGCUCCCUAAUGACGGAGCCUCCCUGUAUGGGCAAUUGUAAGAAGUAAUCCCCCAGGGAUCUCCUAAAACAUUGAAUUACUUACGGAAGUGUCCAGGGGCACCCACCAGAUUAAGACUGUUUUCCGUAAAAUUUUUCUUGGAAGGGAAAUUUGCUAGGACGCUUUCUAUAGCUAGAUGAAGGUUAACAAUUUCUUGAUGGCUGUUCCAUUCCAUUCUAUCGAAAAGUUGUAUUUAUCACAUAAUUGCUGCCCAGGUUUGGCUGUUUUUUCAUUAAAAAGGGAAACAUCAAACUUUCGGCCACGAAAAUGAUCUCCUUCAUAGGUUGACCGAACAGAUUCAAAUUUUAUAGCACCGCUUAGAAUACCUUUGUAGCUAUUUAUAAAAUAAAUUUGGAUAGCCUAAACUGAAUUUUCAAUACGUUUAGGGGGAUUUCGUCGUUUGGCGCUACUGAGAGCCUCAUUGACUCGCUCACUUGAAAGCAACUUUCCAGUAAUUGCAAAUGUUUAUUGUAAACCGGGAAUUUCGUUUUUGUUUUUGUUUUUUGCGUCUUCGUAGACCCAGGGGCAGAUAGUGGGGGCAAGAGAAAGUCUAAACCCUGGGUCUCCGAGGAUGAGUUUUUUGAAUUUUUUAAAGGUAUGUACAUAACUAAACUAAUCACUGUACUUUGUCAAACUGAAUGCAUUAGAAAUUCAAAAUAACAUGCGUCAGGCGGACAACGAGUGUGAUAUUCAAUGUAACGUACUGUGGGAUGGUUUUGGCAGAUGGGUGGCUGGUUACACAUGGAAGCCUUAUAUCAACUCCACAAGAAACGGUAUUUCUUACUUCAGAACCCAAGAGAGAAUGGGUACAAACUUUGGGUGCAGUGAUUUCUGGGAUUGUUUGGAUAGAUUAGCAUUAAUAUGAUUGGUCCAUGGUAUCCAAGGCAACCAUUAACCAAUCAUAAGAAACGCUUGUCCACUUAAAUGAUCCCGGAAAUCGUAGCGCCGAAAGCUUAUACCCAUUCCCCUUGUAAUUUCUGGAAUCAAGUAUUUACGAUCUUAAAGUUAACUUUUUAGCACUGGACAUUAUACGAUUUUACACGUGAAUAGAUUGCCAGUUUUUUUCCUAAUGUUACGUAAAUAUGUCAUUGAAAGAUCAACGUAUACAGAUGUCACUCUUUUAGUAAAUAUUUGCUUUGUUUACUUCAAUGCGAUGCGUUUCAACAUACAGAUAAUGUUGUGCGAUGUAGCUUAUAGCGUGUAGAGCCUGAACUUUGUGGCGAACAUUGGAAGGUCCGAACUUGCAAAAGUAUGUACCAUUGUGAAUACUUAUGCGGACUACAGAGCCACAGACUCUGAAUUUAUUGAUGGAAUGUUCUGACUGUACACGUGACAAGCCAUUCGAAGAGUUGAAACCUUUUUUAACAACAUUUUGUUUUCUUUCUUUACCUUUUUGCAUACGGUGCUUGCAUCCAAUUAGUAUACAAUGUGCUUUUCUUUUUUAAUCAAUGAUCAUAGACCUGGAUUUUACAUUCGGUUAAAGACAGAUUUCGCCUAAUGUAUCAAUCAGCCCAAAAUUGGCUUGCUAGCUAAUUUUGGUAACUUUCGAUCUCUAAAAUUUCGUAAAGUUAUUUACAAUGCAUUAAAAAGCUCACAUGACUGCGAGCUAUAAACAAAGGACCUAUCAGUCAUUAAAGACCAAUCAAUUUUAUUCCCUCUCGCAGAUUACACGUUCUUGAAAAACCACCAAAAACAACACGAUCACGUGACAGGUCGAGGUGUCUUGUGGAUAUAUGGGGAUUCAUUGAGUUAUUACUUCUACAAGUCACUUACCCAACCUGGCAGGCUGGUUUGUUCGACAGUGUUCAAAGACUGUAAUUGUACAUAUAACUGGAUAUACCCCAAGACUCUCUACGAGCUAGUAAGUAUACUACACGGCUGUUUCAAAUACCAGUUGAAUCCAUUUUUCUUGGAAAAAAUUCAGUAACGUAAGUCGUUCACGCGGUAUGGGCUCCUAGUGAAGUUUAUUUCCAAUCACCAGCAUGGCCGUUAAGCCGUUAGAACGUGAAAUGCGCUUGGAAAAGCUACACUGGAUCCGGGGGGUUACUUAGAGGAAGCUUGGGUAGUGGUGUGUCGCCAAGGUCGUUAAACUCUGCACCCUACUGACGAAAAAAAUCGCUCAUUUCGCGACUUGUUUUAUUUAAUAACGGCUAUUCGUUUCGUUUUGUAUGCAGAAUUUAAAAAGGUUUGAAUUAAGACAGAAUCCACCAGGACAUUGAGUAAUUUUAAUUUUCAGUUUCAGUGGACAAAAUCCUUGUACCAGAAUAAUUUAAAGAAUAUUGUAUUCUUUGUUACAUUUUUCAAGGGCUAAAGAUGACAUUAGUCAUCUGUAAUAACACCAAAGAAAGUUGAUGAAUGGAUGUCAAAUUUCACAAGAAUUGUGAAAACACAGGUAAAAUUCUAAAAACUUCAUGUUUUAGAUGUCAUUUUGUGAAAUUUGACAUUCAUUUUCUUGGGCUCCCAUCGGAAAUUUUCUUUGGUGUUAUUACAAAUGACUAAUUAUAUCUUUAGCCCUUGAAGAUGUAAAAAAGAAUGCAAUAUUAAAUUAUUCUGGUACAAUGCUUUUGUCCACUGAAAAUUAAAAUUAUUCAGUUUCCUGGUGGAUUCCGUCUUAAAUUAUGUUUUUUGUUAAAAAAGAAAUGUUGACCUUUUUUGGUGGUGUUUCUUGGUGUUACGGAACCAUUGUUGGUUCGCUUUUCAGGGGCAGAUCCAGGAUUUUUCUUACGAGAAGGGGGGUUGGGGAUGCACCACUAAGGAAUGGCGCCGUAACCGACUGGUGACGUGACGUGCCGAACUACCACUUUUACGGCGUUUCACAUAAAUUCUUCAACCUCGUCUCAUGUUUUACUUCGGCUCUAAUAAACCACAUAGUUUUUUUUGAGCAUGUCAUCUCGGGGGGGGGGGGGGAUUCCCACCCCCUCCCCCCUUCCCCUAGCUUUGCUCCUCUUUUUGUUUUGUUUUGGUUUUUUUUUGUUGUUUUUUAAAACUUUUUUUUUACUUUUUUUUGCUCUGCGGGUGUGUAUGAGGACCCCCACUCCCUUUCUUCCCGUUUCAAAAAAAUCUUCUUCUCCCCCUCUCUGUUUUUUUUCCGCCUGUGAAAAACCCAUGUUUUUUUGUUUGUGACCUUGCCCGGGGGGGGGGGGGGGGGAUUCGCACCCCCUGCACUCUUCCCCUAGAUCUGCUCCUGCUUUUGUUUUGGUAUGGUUAUUGUUUGGUGUCUUAUCAAACUUUUGUAUUACGUCAUUUUUUGAUUUGACCCGUACGCAACCCCAGGAAAGUACCUUUUUUGGCAAAGCUACUUCUUUUUAGAACUUCUGGUCCAAAAAGACACACUAUUACAGAAAUAUAUGAACACCUAAGCUUACUUCUCGAUUGAACUCGUCUAUAGCUAUCCACCCCUAUUAAGCUUGAACCACGACCACCUUUUAGAGUCCAGAAAAUUCAUUUUUCUUUACAAUUGGUUUCUUGGUAAUAAUAGGGAGCUUAAGCAACAACGCCGGGGACGGCAACGAGAACGGCAAAAAAGCAGUAGGUUUAGAUUGGCAAAAACCACAACUUAGCAUGUGCAUCACGCUUUUUCGUACAUUUCUUUACCUUCACUACACGACUACUACGUGAAAGUGCCUAAUUCCACGUUUUGUGGGGGACGUGAACACAGCAGAAAGACUUUCUUUUUCUUUUCCUUAAUUUCGAUACAGUCUUUCACAAUCAACUCCAGGAAAAUUUGCAAACAUUUGACGAAUUGAAUUAGAUGAAAUAAGCACGAUAAAGUUUGAAGUAGCGCGUAUUCACUUUUGAAGUGACGUUUUCGUUGCCGUCCCCUUCGUUACUGCUUAAGUUCCCUAAUAACUAAAGCGUUGAUCCUAGACAAACAGUCAUGUUUUUCAAUUCUUGAAAGACGUUAAGGGUGUAAGAUAUGUGCGCCGGUGACACUAUCUGGUCGUCACACCCACACUGCUAACGUGCUUCCAAAGUCUUGGUAACUUGCAGUGAUUUACGUUCCCGCUAAAAAGAAAUCAGUAUUACGCAGUCUCCCUUUAUGAUUUUGAAAUCACAAGAUGAUGUUUGAGCGUAUAAAGUACAACUUAUUUGACGGACAUAAUAUCCCCCUUCCUUUCUCCUCCGCCCUAACCUCCCAACUCAAUUGAAUACUCUAGUAAAUGACUAAGUGACACGAGUAACUCUAAAAAACCCUCACGUGCAACUACGCUGACUACAUUUCAACCUCGUUCACAGGGAUCCUUUCCACUUGUUCCCGGGAAGACGAAUAGAUCACCCCGGUAACGAGGUUGUCUACAUUUUUAGAAAUUUAUGGACCAAUAGUAUUACGCUGAUUAUAUGUAAAACGCUUUAGCACAUUUCCUAAACUGCCACGAAACAUCCGGGAACUUUUCACGCGCGCCGGAUGUAAAAUUCAAACUUCGUGAAAGAAAAAGACGCGUGAUAACAAAGAAAAUGGCAAAAAAGCGCCCACCACUAAAUAUAUGUAAAAUGCUCUAGCACAGUGUCUUUUAUUACUGAGAAUAAUUCCGUAAUUCGUUGUGACAGACAGAAACAUGUGGUGAGAUGAGCUUACAAGUGCCCAAAGUUUUGAACUACUUCCGUGAUGUGAUCCUUAGAAGAGACAUGGAUAAAGAUAGUGCAUUAUUGCUGAACGCUGGUGCGCAUUACGUCAAGGUAUUUUCACUGAUAAUUUUCGCCUGUUACUUUUAUAUGAAACUGGGAUAUUUAACAAUUAUUCCUCGAGCCCGACUGGGCUCUGAGUCAAUAGUGACCGAAUGGGCUAUUGACCAUACGGACGAGAGGAAUAAUUGUUUUAGUAAAAUCCAACAAGUUGGUCAAAAAUAUCGACGAUAAAAAUAUUUUAGCUAGUUAAAGCUAGACUUUAAUCCUUUUUCGCCGCCAAAAAGCCCGCGGUUUUCGCUACUAGUGGGCUAUAACAUAUAGCCUAGUAGUAGCUCAACCAAUUCGAACGCAGGUUUGAUAAUAGACCACUAGUUGGAUUUUACUAAUGUCAGAUAUCUGCUUUUCAUCAAAUUUUAUCGUAGGUGUCAUAUGAUGUUGUGAUUUUGCAUUCUUACUGCGUAAGAAACUUCAUUUAAGUUUAAAGUUUUGCAAACAAACGGCGAAGAAAUGUUAUUUUUCUUUCGUCAUUGUUGUUUCGCGACAAAACUGUUUUAUCUUUUAGCUCGCCCGCAUCAUCAUGAUGGGUACCACUUGGAAAACAAAGAUUAAAAAAAUAGAUAUAUUGGUAAUUUAUUGUAAUUUAAUUAUUGUUUCAAAUAGUUCAAGCUUAUUGAAAGUCUUGGAAGAAUUUAGUUAAGAUGGUGGACAUAUAACUAUAUCACCCUAAUCAGAACAAUUUAAUACGAUCAAUUUUCUAUUCUUAAUUUGGGCUUGGUAAUCGCUUAUAUUGGUCAUAGUCAUGGAUUUUGAACAGAGAUGUUAUCUAUAAGGGAACCUUUCUAUGAGAAAUGAAAAAAUCAAUACUAGAGCUAGGUACCGAGUUUUUUUUACGAUUAGAUCUAAGAACCACCCCUCCCCCAUUUUUGCUUUGAGCAAGCUGUUUUUGUUUUUCUAGCUAUUAAAUUUAUCAUCUAUUUAGACGACCAGUUUUCAAAGCUAUAGAGCAGUGAUACUGGCUUUAAUAGAAGAAAUGAAAACAGAGUACAAGGGAAAGCCGGUAUGGAAAUCGACGACAGCUAUCCACGGACAAACUGCUGACAUCAUGGGUGCUUUUCGCAGGUUCACAACAAACCACGUAAGUACUGACACCAUGUAACUGUGACCACAUAACUAAGUUAACUAACUAAAUACGAGAAAAUCAGACAAUGGGUCUCUUUGAAAAACCUUCAAGGUAUGAUAUUAUCCGUUUACCGUUUAAAUACUCAAAUACGUUCGACGAUGCUAUGUUUAAGUGAUUUUGAACUAUAUUCUCGUUGGGUGCCCCUGCUUCACGAGGGGUUAAAGGGGUUACGCCACCAGGAUAUUGCUUUUCAGGUAAAUCAGUUCUGUGCUGAAGUCAUUACCUACUGCCUUAACCCAUACACAAAAUAUUCCUGUAGAGUUAUGAAGAAGAUAUCAAACAAUUUCAUCACGGGUAGUCUGGUGACUAUAAAAGUUUUACAGGCAUAGCUUUAAAACUUAAAAAAAUUGGCCCAUUUCAAACUUCAAUCUAUGUCCAUUGUUGCCGUCCGUAGCAACAGACGACUGAAAACAGUUUAGAUGCCUGAACAUAGUCUUAAGGUGAUGUUUCACGGGACGAUUCGCAACGACGAUUUUUAGCGCAACACAGCGUUGCAAUGCUGGAACAAUGUUGUAACCAUUCGAAACAAUAUCGCAACAAUGUUGCAAAGCUGUGUUGCGCUAAAAAUCGUCGUUGCGAAUCGUUUCGGAUAACAUCACCUUUAAGUAACAAAAAUGUAUCAUUUUUUAAAUUUAAUUGACGCAAAGACAAGCUUUAGCUUUUUAAAACGAUAGCAAACAUCGUGAGGAUUCGCUACAAUUGACAAUUAGUGCCUCGUCCAGGGAGGUGAGUGAAGGAGUGUUAGUUCCUCUUUGUGCUUCACUCUACAUAACCACUGUCUGUAAGUUCCGGCCGUGUGUUCUCCUUUGCAUUUACUUUUUUCACAUUUGUUUACAUUUCAGAGAAUUCAACUCUACAAUGCCUUCGCCAACUCAGCUAUGUGUAAAAACAAUAUCAGUGUGUUGGAUGUGUAUCCUAUAAGCGACUCAUAUCCUCCAGGAACAAUGGAUGGGAUACAUUAUAAAGAAGAAGCAUUCUACCCGGUAAUAGACCUUCUGCAAGAAUAUUUCUCUUCAUCACGAAGCAAAGAUAUAAGCCCCACUCACGUGCCGCUUAAUACGAUAAAUACACCAGUUUCAAACUCUAGGCCAGUUCUAACAAAAGUAUUGGCAAGUAUAAAAUAAUAAUAAUAAUAAUAAUAAUAAUAAUAAUAACAACAACAACAACGACAACAAGUGAAAGAAUAGUUUUUUCCACUGACAUUCCAUAGAACUCGCCUUUGCCGAACCGGAUUUCUACAUUCCAGGGCCACACCUUGGCCAAUUUGGACCCA